GGUUAAAGUAAGAACAGCGUGCAACCCAAUCGAUUUUCUGAAAUCGCGAGUGACUCAAAUUGAUCCCAACUCCCUUCAACCACGAAUUGCGCAAACCUCUUCGGCAAAUAGGUUCUUCUCAACCCUUCUAAGGGUAAGAUAUCGACAUGCCUACCAUAUCAGUUGAUAAAUAUGACCUCUUCGAGGCCCUAGGUCAAAAGUACACGACUCCCGAGUUUGAGGAACUCUGCUUCGAAUUUGGCAUUGAGUUGGAUGAGGAUACCGAGAAUGAGGAGAGACCUAUCGUAAAUGGCGUCCAAGAACCUCCCCAACUAAAAAUCGAAAUCCCCGCCAACCGAUAUGACAUGCUCUGCUUCGAGGGCAUUGCCCUUAUGCUUAAUAUCUUCCGGGGAAAACAACCCACGCCUAACUUCCGACUAGUCCAACCAGCGAGCGGCGAUCUACAAACCAUUACCGUUCUCGAGGAUACUAUGAAGGUGCGGCCGUUGGUUGGUGGCGCGAUCUUGCGCAAUGUCAAGUUCACUCAGAAGAACUAUGACUCCUUCAUCGCCCUACAAGACAAGUUACACCAAAAUCUUGCCCGACAACGUACCUUGGUCGCCAUUGGUACUCACGAUCUAGACACUAUCAAAGGUCCCUUCACAUACGAAGCACGACCGCCGAAGGAUAUCAGCUUCGUACCACUCAACCAGACCAAACAGAUGAACGGGGAGGAAUUGAUGGAGUUCUACGACAAGGAUAGGCAUCUAGGCCGAUACCUACACAUCGUCCGGGAUAAGCCUGUCUACCCUGUUAUUUACGACGCAAACCGAGUUGUCUGCUCACUGCCGCCCAUUAUCAACAGUGACCACUCGAAGAUCACACUUAACAGUAAGAACGUCUUCAUAGAGUGUACAGCGACAGACAAGACGAAGCUAGAGAUCGUCGUCAAUAUGAUAGUAGCCAUGUUCUCUGUCUACGCCGCCGAACCCUUCACAGUCGAGCCAGUCAAGGUUAUAUCCGACCAUAACGGACAAACCCGAAUAACACCUAACCUAUCAUCACGCACUUCCACCGUCGAGAUCGAUUACCUUAAUGGUUGCCUUGGCCUCUCCCAAUCCGCAGAGAGUAUCUGCAACCUUCUCACAAAGAUGGCUCUGACCGCCAAGCCUUUAAGCCAAGAUCCGACGGGUGUAAUCGAGGUCACGAUACCACCGACACGCGCUGACAUCCUUCAAAGAUGUGAUAUCAUGGAAGACUUAGGUAUCGCAUAUGGUUUCAACAAACUACCCCGAAUAUCCGUUACCAAGACCGUCGGCGCGCCUCUAGCUCUGAACAAGCUAGCUGACAUCGUACGCCAAGAAUGUGCUAUGUCGGGCUGGUCCGAAGUCAUGCCCCUCAUUCUCUGCAGCCACGACGAAAAUUUCGCCUGGCUCAAUCGCAAAGACGACGGUCGUACCGCCGUCCGCCUCGCCAACCCCAAGACCGCCGAAUAUCAAGUAGUCCGCACAUCCCUCAUCCCGGGUCUUCUCAAGACCAUCCGCGAGAACAAAGGUCACAGCGUACCUUUCCGCGUCUUCGAAACCUCCGACGUAGUCUUCAAGGACCCAAAUGCCGAGCGUCGCGCCCGCAACGAGCGUCAUUUCGCCGCCGCGUGGUACGGUAAGGCAUCGGGUUUCGAGGAAGUCCACGGUCUACUCGAUCGUGUUAUGUCUAUGCUCCGCCAAGCCUUCCUCACACACGAGGAGGGACUAACCGAAAACCCCAAUAAGAAAAUCGACUUCGAAGUCAAGCCCGUCCCGCAGAAACGCGAUGGGUAUUGGCUUGAACCCGUCGACGAUGAGCCCACUUUCUUCCCUGGUCGUGCGGCUGCUGUGUAUGCUCGUCUAGGCGGGAAGACGGCGCGGAUUGGCGAGUUUGGCAUUUUACAUCCCUCAGUACUAGAAAACUUCGAACUCAAGUAUCCUGUUAGCACGCUUGAGGUGAACCUUGAGGUCUUCUUAUAAGGCGGGUGCGAAGAUAGUUCGUAGCGAAGGUCAAAGGGAAUCGAUAUCAAAGCGAGAAAAAGUGAUGUAAAGCUAGAAGGCUUAAAGUAAGAUCGUCUGCUUACUGUUUACCUACUAGAGGCAAAAAGGAGGGAGACCAGACGUACGAUGUCGUUGAUGUGGCCCGAGAUUAGGUAAAAACCACCUGAAUCAUUAGAUAGAGCGGAGGGUUCACUUCGCUAGGCAUAAUCGAAAUUCUAGGCAAAA